UUUGAAAAUAGCCUUGAAUGAAGAGAGUUAUGCAUGUGGCAUGUAGGAUUCAUUAUUUUACCUUUCUCUUCUGCUGUGUUUCGCAUACUAGUUUUUAUUAAUUUUCUUGUUGUUGUUCUCCAGUAGGUUUGAAGGAAUUCUAAUUGUUGAGAUGAUGGUUCUUUGAAGGCUCACUUAGCCCACCUUUUGGGUGAAGGAAAGAAGAAGACAAGGUCCUCUAGGAAGAGUAAAAAGCAUACUUUCAAGAGACAUUCAGAGAUGUCUGCUGAUGCCAUGCAAUUACCAUGUAAUCAGCAGAAAUGUGUUGGAAAAACACCCAUCAGUGACUUCACAAGACAGCCACACUCAGACAGUUCCUGAGGAAACAGGUAGCCGUACAUGGAAGUACUUGGCAGAAUGGCAGCAAAAGCAUCAUGAUCGAGCAAUGACCGAAAUGCAGCAGGAGCUGAACUGCAUUGGCAGGGAGAUGGAAGCCUCUGUUUUGAAGCUUCAGGAAUUCUUUCAGCUAAAAGUGAUGAAAUCAGAUGAAAAGAGUAAACUUCUGUUUGAAAAGAUUGCGUCUGACAUGGCUUUGGAAGGUUUCUCGUUUGAAGGUUUGGAAGAACUGUGGAAUAUGAUCCACAAGGAAUCCUCAAACAGAAAGAAGCAGAUUAGGGCAGUGGACAAAUCCUUAAAGGAGAUUGAAAGGCGUCGAGCUGUUAAAAUAGCAGAUGUACUGGCCAAGUAUUCUGUGAAACUGAAGGAAAUGUCCUUCCUCUUGGCAGCUGAUGUUCACAAGCUCAUUAAUGAUAAGGCCAUGAAUAUAAACGGAGCACUGCUGGAUAAUGAGAGGGCAACUGCCAAGCUACUCUUUAAUCUAAUGAAAUCAGAGCUUGAGAAAGAAAAAUGGCAUCAACUGAAAUGGCAA